CGCACUUCCGGGAAGAUGGCGGCGCGCAAGAUGUCGCUGGCAUGUGUUUUUGCGGAGAGGACCUUGCAAAUGACGGGAUGACUGUGAACUCCUCUUCUCUGGUGAGGGGCUGAGGACAGUGACUCUUUUCUCACCAUGAGUGUCACCCCAGAGGUCAAGAGUCGUGGGAUGAAGUUUGCUGAGGAGCAGCUGCUAAAGCAUGGAUGGACUCAAGGCAAAGGCCUGGGCCGGAAGGAGAACGGUAUCACCCAGGCCCUCAGGGUGACACUGAAGCAGGACACUCAUGGGGUGGGACACGACCCUGCCAAGGAGUUCACAAACCACUGGUGGAAUGAGCUCUUCAACAAGACAGCAGCCAGCUUGGUAGUGGAAACAGGACGGGAUGGAGUCCAGAUCAGGCACCUGGCUAAGGAGACCACCCGUCAUAAUCAGCCCAAGCCCAACCUGCUGUAUCAAAAGUUUGUGAAGACGGCCACACUGACUUCAAGUGGGGAGAAGCCAGACAAGGAUUUGGAAAGCUGUGGUGAUGACAACAGCCAGGAGCCCAAGCCUCCAAAGAUUCUGACCGAUGAGAUGCUGCUCCAAGCCUGUGAGGGGCGAACAGCACACAAGGCUGCCCGUCAUGGGAUCACCAUGAAGGCUAAGCUGGCUCGGUUGGAGGCUCAGGAGCAGGCCUUCCUGGCUCGUCUCAAAGGCCAGGACUCUGGGACCCCUCAGCUGCAGUCUGAGAGCAAGCCCCCCAAAAAAAAGAAAAAGAAGAGGAAGCAGAAAGAGGAGGAAGAGGCUGCCACUGAACAGAGUGCAGAAGAGCACCCAGAACGCACCGACCAGAGCACCAGGAAAAGCAAAAAGAAGAAAAGAUGGCAUCAAGAAGCAAAGGUCACAGAUGAGAUGGAGGCAGCAGCUGUAGGGAGUGAGGAAGAAGAGGCCACAGGACCAAGUGGGCUUGGGGAGUUAAAGACCAGGGAACAGUUUGAUCAGUCCCUCAGGAAAAGGAAGAAGAAGAGGUGGCACUAUGAAGAGGAGAAGGUGGAGGCCUUAGAUAAAGGAGGAGGAGGUGUCAGGACAGAGGAGGACACAGACCGAGGCAGCAGGGGCAGGAAGAGGCGGCAGCAUGAGGAAGAAGACCUGAACACAGAGGCUGAAGAAGCCGAGGAGGCUGCUGAAGACGGUGGGACCAGAAAAAAAGAAAGCAGAACCUGCAGUGAUCAGAAAAGCAAGAGGAGCAAGAAGAAGAGACAGCAGCAUCAAGAGGAAGAGGAGGGUGUCUUGGAUGUGGGUGAGGCGGAUGGCAGGACUAGGGCAGCAGAGAGUGGGGCAUGUACUGGCUCAGGCGGCAGAAGUAAGAAGAGGCAGCAGCAACCGGAGGAGGAAAGACCCAAAGUCAGCACUGACCGGAGAGCCAAAAAGAAGAAACAGAAGAAGAGAGACUGAAGGCCACACCAAGGUGGGGUUUGAGUGAUUCCGUUUUAGGAGUGGAAGCCUCGGAGGCCUGAGUUGGCAUGGGUCUUCUGCAUCCUUUCCGUGAGGAGUCCCUCCCAAGGAGGGAACAGCUCUAACAGCUCUGAACAGCUGUCCACUGAGACGAGAGUGGUCGUGCCAUGUCUGAGUUGAAGGAGCAGCCACAUCUCCCUUACAGCUUGUAACCCAGAUGUCAUGAACUCAACUGGCUGCAGGAGCCAGGCAGCUAAGGGACAGGGAUGCUGGGGGCUCUGGGAACAGGAACACAGAUACCCCCUGAAGGGACAUCUUUGCAAAAAGAAGCUGAAAAUGUAGACUUACAGCAAAUGUACUGAUUUUUAAAUACUGUGAAGGCUAAGGAGAACAUACAGAUUCAGCUCCUAGGUUGCUAGUUUCUAACACUAUACCAAGUGGUUGAAUAAACCUCACCUUGGGCUCUUA